AUGGAAUAUUGUGACGGUGAGGAUCUCAUGAGAAGGAUCCAUAGACAAUAGGGAGUGUUAUUUCGUGAAGAUCAGAUUCUGAGUUGGUUUGUACAGAUUUCUCUGGGACUAAAAUAUAUUCAUGACAGGAAACAUAUAACAGGGGCAUAAAAGCACAAGUAACAGCUCAGAGAGAAAAUCAAGAGAUCAAGACAGAACAGAGCUUUUGUUUUCUUGAACAAGAAUGGAAUGGUUGCAGAGCUUGUGGACUUUGGGAUAGUAAGAGUUUUGAACAAUUCCAUGGAACUUGCUAGAACUUGUUUUGAGAGUAACAACUUACACCAGUUGGUUCUGAAGCUAUGCCAAGGACAGUUUGCCCCGAUAUCCCCAAGGUUAGCCCAUGACCCGCAGGCCUUGGUAUCUCAACUCUUUGAGGUGUCUCCCUGAGAUCGACUGUCUACGAAUUCCAUUUUGAAAAGGCCUUUUCUUGAGAAUCUUAUUGCCAAAUACUUUACUCCUGAGUGCCUCCCCAGAUCAAGGCUAGCAGCGCCAAUUAAAAGGAAGGAGAUGCUGUGUAGAAAUGAAUGGAGACCGCCAGCUGAGCCCAGAAGCCUGUAUCUAUCUAUUAAAAUAGUACAAAGGCCCAAACUUACUGCAGUGCAUGGACAUUAUGACUAUUAUUAUGCCCAACUUGACAUGUUGAGGAGGAGAGCACAUGAACCAAGUUACUGCUGGGUUCCUCAAGAAGAUCCUGGAGUUGAGGAGAAUUAUAGUCAGGAAGAAAGCCACAGUCCAUCACCAGGUCAAUGGCCUGCUGAAUACCUUCAGAGGAAAUUUAAAGCUCAGCAAUAUAAAUUGAAAGUGCAAAAGCAAUUGGGUCUUUGUCCAUCUUAUGCUGAGUCAGAUCACAACCAGAGACAAGAGCUAAGAAGUAAUGGAGAAGAGUCUAGAUUCCAGGACCUGCAGAUCGGGAGAAACAAAAUGAAGAACAGGUUAGAAACAGAAUAUUGGAAGCAGUUAGAGGAAAUAUGUCAACAGUACCACAAUGAUAUGAAGGAAAUUUAAAAGAAGAUGGGGAGUGAACUGGAGGAGGACCCCAAAAUAAGUCAUAAAACCUAUUUAGUGAAGAAAAGCGACCCACCCGUCCACUGAUAGGCACCUGAGGAGGAAGCUCCUGUGCAGCUGAUGGACAUUGAAAGAGACUUGAAACAAAUUAGAGUUCAGAACAUUAAGGAAAAUAAAAUUCCAGAACAAAACUGUACAGUUAAGAGAGGGGUGAAGCUUGAAAUUGGUUUAAACCAAUGUACUUCUGAUGAAAACACCCUCCAAGAGGAAGAGGCAGUGGGUGUGCAAAAUGAAACUUUGACCUUUGAGAAUGGCAUGAAGCUUAAGGAAUAUAAAUGUGUGAAGGAAUAUGAAGAUUAUACAGACAAAGCAUUUGAAGAGCUCUGCUGUCCAGAGACAGGUACUUUCAGCACAGAUACUGGUGCUGCUGCAGGGAAUGGGAGACAGUGGGAUGUGCGAGCUCCUCAGACGCUGGAGCUGAUGGCUGCGGGUAACACUACCUCCACCUGCUCCGCUAUGCCUGCAAGGGAAUCUACACUCAGUGGCCCAGGGAUCAUGACCGAAGGCGUUCCAGAAAAUAGAAGACGGUGGCGGCAGGAAGCCCCAGGAACUUUAAUGAGCACGUUGGCUGCAGCACAUCUAACAAGUAGUUCAUUUUCUGCCAGCGAAGGAGAACUGGUGGGAACAUUAAAACAAUGGCUUCCUAAAGAAGAUGAGGGGAAUGUGGAAAUGGCCUUUGGCAUUGAAGUAGAUAAGGAACAACCAAGAUAUGAUGAUGAUGAUACAAAUUUUGAAGAAUCUGAAGGUGAGUUGAGAAACGAAGUGGUGGAGUGCCUGGAAAAACCUGCUACUCCCAAAGAGGAAGAGAAGAGACGCCUGGUCUCUAAGGCUGCAGAGAAGUUAGGACAUAGAGAUGGGACAGACACACAGGAAUGUGCAAAAUUAAAUGAAGGUUCAGGGAGUAUUUCUACUUGAUCUAACGACAAAGUAUGCAUCGCUGAUGAAAACAGAGAAACAUCAACAACCCAUCAUAAUAUACAAGUGUGA